AUGCUGAUUACACCACCUGGUUUUUCACCGGUGAGUGGUGGAAUCCCGAGUUCAUUGGUGAAGAAAAAGAGGGGUAGGCCAAGGAAAUACGGUCCAGAUGGGGUGAUGGCUGGUGGCGGCGGCACAUUGUCACCACUUCCCAUCUCCGCCUCUGCUCCGCCUGGUCUCGGUGGUGGGUAUUCUGAGGUAAAAUUUGGUGAAGGGGAAGGAAGUGGCGGAGGCAGCUUUGUGGUUGAGAAGAAGAAGAAAGUGAAAAUGAAUUCUUCCGAGGGCGACAGGAUUUCAUCUGGUGGGAGUUUUACCCCUCACAUGGUCACUGUCAAUCCGGGCGAGGAUGUUACCUCUAAAAUAAUUUCGUUCACAAAAGACGGGCCCCGGUCAAUAUGCAUUUUAUCGGCAGUUGGUGUCAUUUCACAUGUGACUCUGCGCAAUGUCGGUUCAUCUUCAUCUGGAGGCACCGUAACAUAUGAGGGAAGAUUUGAAAUACUUUCAUUAUCCGGAUCUUUCACAAAUGAGGAGAUUGAAGGGCAAGAAAGUAAAAUGAGCAUAGCUUUAUGUAGCCCUGAUGGCCGUGUAGUUGGGGGUCAACUUGGAGGACUUCUCACAGCCGCUGGUCCUGUUCAGGUGGUGGUGGCGAGUUUUCUACCAAACAUAGGCAGUCCAAUUGACCCAAAACCAAAAAGACAAAAGGCCAUUGUUGCCCCUACCGAACCUCAUGCUACCAACAUAGAACAACAGAAAAAGUCGAAUGAAAUUGAACAUGCACAUGAGGCUGGAGGAAAUACUAAUUCUACCCCUACCCCUACACGUAAUUUCCAAAUUGAGAACCACACAACAGGGGCAAGUGUGCAUGACUGGAGAAGAGCUGCUACAGACAUGAAUGUGUCGUUGAGUGAAGAUUAAAUUAAUGUGUUAAUCAUCUUCAUUUAUCUUAUCAAAUGAAUUAAUUAGUUGCGAAGUUUAGGAUAUUUAAGACUUAACUAGGAAUCUUAAUCUUAUUCUUAUGAGAUCAUAGGAAAUAUGUUGUAACUUGUAAUGUUGUUUGUUUGUUUGUUUCCAAGUUUGUUAAUAGUCAAAG